GCUAAUUCUCGUUGCCGUUUGACUUCUCUGCUCCCUUUCUCUCUGCAAUCUCUUUCUGGAUGAGCCACCUCGUCUCUUUGUCCCCUUGUUCGCCCGAGUCCAUGUUUGGCUGUUCAUUGUUCUCAAGUUGAGCGCCUCGGCGGGGCAAAGUAAACAAAAGCGAUUUCCUUGUCCCAACGAUCGGGGUGAGUUCCUACUCCGUACGGGGCCUCCCAAUCACACCAGAUCAUGAGCCAGCCUAGCGCGCCAAAUCAGACAAGAUGACGACCAAGGCGAAAGCCCACGCACUCAAUGGCAUGCACACGGCCGGCAUCUUCUCCGACAUGAGCGUCGACGGGCCCGAGAUUGGCACCCUGGUUCUCGUCGUCGACCGGGCCAAGAACUUGCCGAACCGCAAAACCAUCGGCAAACAGGACCCCUACUGCGCCGCCCGCCUGGGCAAGGAAGCGAAGAAAACAACCACGGAUAUCCGUGGCGGCCAGACUCCCAAGUGGGACCAGGAACUCCGAUUCACUGUCCACGACUCGCCCGACUACUACCAGAUUAAGGUCUCGGUGUUCAACGACGACAAAAAGACAGAACUAAUAGGAGAGACGUGGAUCGACCUUCGCGGCAUUGUCGUACCCGGUGGGGGCCAAAGCGACCAGUGGCACCAGCUUGCGUGCAGAGGCAAGUAUGCCGGCGAGGUCCGUAUCGAAAUCACAUACUACGACAGCCGUCCCAAGCCCGAAAAGCCAGCAAUCAAGGCGAAGCCGCCGAUGGCUGCCGAGCCCGAAGUCGCUCCCACAGCAGCAGGCCCGAGGCCAGUACCCAAACGCCGCCCCUUGCCGUCAGACCCCGUCACUGGAAAAGCUCCCGCUCAGCUGCCGUCCGGGUCAGAUCACCAGUUGCCACUCCCUCAGCAGAGCGAGUACAACCCCGCUCCGCCAGUACAGCAGUACUAUCAUCCAACAGAUCCCAGCAGAGAGUUUGGCACGCCAUCUCGUCGGUCAGAUAUGCCGGCACAACAACAGUACCGGACUCCUGACAGAGCUGAGCCGUACCCGGGCCAGCACGACGGCUACAGCCCACAGUGGCAGCCGCCGGGCUAUGACCGUCGCGAUUCAUACGAUUUUGCCCAAGCCAACGAAUCCCGGGCUCUUGAGGACGAUAGGCCGCCGCCGCCGCCUGCCCACCGGAGCAGGACCGGCAGCAACCCGGCCCUGAAUGGAACUUUUCAAGCAACCCCUCCAACAAUGCGGCAGGAUGUGUUGAGGAGCGAAGCCCAUCGAAACUCCGUCUCGGGAAGCUACCCUGGACGACCAACCUACAAGGCUCAUGACUCUGCCCCGGCUGGGCUCGCCGCCGCACAAUACUCCAAUACUGACCACGGCCCGCCUGCCCGACAUUACUCGUACGAUUCGGCGUACGAGCCGCACAGGACGAUGCAGGCCACCGUCGAGGACGUGCCCGAGUCGCCAGAGUCAACACUCAGGAGGAAUUCGGGCCGCUGGCCACACCCUCAGUCCCAGUUCCAGCCGCUCGAACCGGACCAUGACAUGACCGCCAGUCCUGCGCCGCUGACACUCUCUGGGAGGGGUAGCAGUGACUCGGCGCGCUGCUCUCACGGCCCUGACCCGGCAAGAUACCAGGGGAUAAACGGCUAUCAGAUGGCUCCGCCCGAGUUUGCGCAGCGCGAGUCUCCAGAAUAUGUGUCCAAUUUCGGCAGGCGCUCUGAGCCCGCCCUCGCAGCGCAUGGUAUUAAUGAGCAUCAGAUGGCCUUGACGUAUCGCGGCCAGUCAGAGGAACCAUCCAAUGGGUACGUGCCACCGGUGCCUGCAUCCUUGAUCCCCGGCGUCGAUCCGAGCAUCGCCAUGGAGAUCUCGGAGCGCAUCAACCAGGAUAGGAGGCAGUCGAACCAGGCACGGGACUACACGCAGCAGGCCAUGGUAGAGACGGCGCCCAGGGGUAGGACUAUGGGAUACAGCCAUGAUGGAUCGCCAGCGUACAAUGCACCUGGCGCCCAUAACAGAAGUCCCGUCGUGUACACCAACGGGCCGUCCACUUCGAGCGUCAGCGUUGUCAUAAAGUCACGCGCCUAUUCCCCGAAUCCUCCUCGCGAUCCAAGCCCAAACCCGCAGCGUACCAUCCGGCGCAAGUCUGUCAGCCCGAGGCCACCAGUGGAUACAGACCGUCGAUUAUCCGGCGUCCCGUUCGGACCCGACUCAUACGACGAACUGAAUCCCAGCGCCUCGUCGGCAGCGCUGCGUGACCCGGCCUCCUCGCGGCCCGACUACGACGAAGCAAGCGGCAAGAUCAUCACGCACGACGGCCGCGAAGUCGACCCGUCAGAUCAUCUGCCUAUGGAGACGUGGGCACCCGAGCCAGAACCCAAGCAGCCCAACUCUUCCGGCGCUACCUCAGCGCGCCCUUCCCCCGCCGGACCUCAGCCCGCUCCGCCGUCCUCGGGCCGCCGCCCGCUCCGCGUCGCAGCCCGCCCCCAAUCCAUGUUACCCACCAGCAGCUCGAGCGCCAUCACCUUCUCCGGCUCGGACCACGUCGAGCCCAUCACCACCCCGUCAGCGGGCCGUAAUCGCCUGCAGAAGAAGGCUGCCUACCGCCAGUCGACGUCGGCUAUUGUGCCGGUCAUGUCGGGCGCUAUUAAUGGUUCGGGGCCUGGGCUUGGCACAAGUCUUGGUGGUGGUGGUAAUGGAUUCAGGCGGAGCAGUGGGGGAAGUGAGCACUUCACGCCGCCAAGGCAGAUCCCGAGGGCCGCGACGUUUGAUCAGGGUGUGGGUGGUGGUGGUGUGGGGGGUUAUGGCUCUUCACCGGGGAAUGGUUACGGCGGUAACCACCAACACCACCACCACCAUGAGCAUCAUCAGCAUCAUCACUAUCGUAGUAGGAGUGGUGGUGAGGGUAUCGGCAACAGUGCGCCGCCCAUCCCGGCUAAGGUCCCGCUUGCGCUACCGCCGCCUGAGGGCGUGAGUAGUGGCGCGCUGCAGUUGCAUAGUAGCAGUGCUGCGCGACGGGCGGGGAGUGGGAUGGAUGAUGAUGCACUUGCUGCACAUGGGCAUGGGCAUGGGUAUGGACGGGACGGGUAUGGUGGUGGGAGUAGUAGCGGAGGGGUGCUGUCGCUGGAGGAGGAGCUGCGGCAGAUUGAUAUUGGGACGGGGAGGUCGAGUAGGAAGUAUAAUGCUGCCGGGCAAGGGCAGGGGUAUGGGGCUCACGGCGAGAGUCAGGGGUAUGUCUAUGGGCAACAGGGUGGGUAUUGAGAUGUUUGGGCUGGGCUGGGUUAGGAUCUUGGGCUAGGCUGCUACUUAGGAUAGACUCGGGGUUGGGCCGGAUCUGGAUCUGAUAUAAGGGAAGAGGCAGGCUUCGUGGGAAGGGUCGGUUGGCAGUUGACUCGGAUGGGUGCACAGUGGGUUGAGGAUCAAAGGAACGAGUGUCUUGAAACGAGGAGCGGCGUUUGUAUAACAGGUUGCGUUGUGUCUACCUUCAUUGCAUGGUGUCUGUCUAUUUGGCACUCGACUUGGAGUUUAUAUCUGCAAUUUGAGAUGUGGAUAAAUAGCAACACCAGCCGGCUUGGUAUUGUGG